UAGCAACAAGCAAACUGAAAGCGCGCAAGCAAACCCUUCCAUGCAAUAUGGCCAAAAUGUAUGGAAAGGGUAAGACUGCCAUUGAAUCGGAGGAACAACAAAAAUUACGAUGGCAAGUGGAAUUGGAAUUUGUUCAGUGCUUGGCUAAUCCCAACUAUUUAAAUUUUUUGGCCCAACGUGGCUAUUUCAAAGAUCAAGCCUUUAUCAACUAUCUCAAAUACCUGCAAUAUUGGAAGGAACCGGAAUAUGCAAAAUAUUUAAUGUAUCCCAUGUGUUUAUAUUUCCUCGAUCUCCUGCAAUAUGAACAUUUUCGCCGGGAAAUUGUCAAUUCGCAAUGUUGUAAAUUUAUCGAUGAUCAAGCCAUCCUGCAGUGGCAGCACUACACCCGUAAACGUAUUAAAAUGUUAAAUGCUGUCAAUGGCAAUGUGAAUAGUCAAAUAAAUUCAACAACUGGUUCGAAUUUGGAUGGUUUGGUAGAUACCCAGCAAUCACAAAUAACCGGCACACAACAAACACAACAGCAAGGCAGUGGUCCAGCGGCAAAUGCCAUAGGUGGUGUUGGUGCUGGUGGCACCAUGCAAAAUGGUACCGUAUCGUCAUCUGGCAAUGCAUCGCAAAAUCAAAUGUUGAGUCAACAGCAACAACAACCGGGCCAACAGUCGCAACAACAAUUGAAUGGCAACUCAUCGAAUUCUUCCAUUGUUCCAAAUCAAAGCAACACUGGUGCUGCAAUGAUGCAGAAAAUUUAA